AUGACUACUGAUCGUCUCUCUACCUCAUCCGUUGCCGCUGCCGUUGCCAAUCAGGAUUCGGGUAUGGGGGAUUUAUCUUUGUGUCAUGAUUUGUUGUGCAAUAUUUUGUUUAGAUUAUCACACAAGGAUUUGCUGAAAUGCAAGAUGGUGGCCAAGUCAUGUCAUCAAAUAAUCUCUCAUGUUUGGUUGCGGAGAUUUUGGUCGCGGGUUCCUCUUUUGGGUCUUUACUUCUGUACUCUGCCCCAACCUGAUGAUACGGAUCAUCAAAUCAAUUUUGCCUUUGUACAAGAUUAUCCCUUCUUGGAGAAGGGACUGCCUGAUUUCUAUGAUUUGGUUCGAUGUCAGAAACGCAAUACCUCCGAUAAUCACCUGGACUGUUGUAAUGGGUUAGUUUUGCUGUACAAUCCAAGCACUUAUCAGUUUUGUGUGUGCAACCCCAUCACCAAACAACAUGUCUCCAUACCUACAGCAUGUUUACAUGAGAAUGAGUAUUUUUGUGCUGCCUUGGCUUUUGACCCUAUUGAAUCGAAUCACUUCAGAGUUGUUCGAAUUGAUUAUUCCCGACAACUGACUUCCUUGAACUCAACCUCAACCUCAACCUCAGCCCCGUUGGACAUGGUCAUGGACAUAUUUUCAUCGCAGUCGAGACAGUGGGUUCGACAUGGGUUGCAACUCAACCCGAUGUUUAUUGAGGGGUUCAAAACUUUCAAGCUUUGCAGGCAUUUUGUAUACUUGCGCGGGGUGUUAUACAGCCUAACUAGUUCAGGGAAAAUUUUGGGUAUUGACCUCAAUACUAUUAAAGCUCGUGCCUUUGAUCUCCCUCAUGGCCCUGAGGAUGAUGAUGCUGAUGAUAAUAAGACGGGUGCAACAACAAUGGGAAUGGAAUGUCUUGGGAUCUCAAGGGGCCUUGUUUGUUAUGUAAAGCGUGAUAAUUCAAAAAUUAUUCGGUUUUGGUCUUAUGAUGAUCGACAAUGCACAUCUGGUUCCGGUAGUGAUCAUUGGACUCUCAAACAUAGUGUUUCUGAAGAAGUCCUGCAAGAUCGGGUUAUGAUUCUUUUAAUCAUGAGAUAUAAAGAUCCUGAUGAUCCGAUUAAACCUUAUGCAAUAUGUCCAAAUUCUCAUGUCCUUUUCUUUGGCACUUUAAAUUGGAUCGGCAGUUGCAAUUUUGAAAACCGAAGGGUGGAACUCAUCGGUAAAGGAAAAUGUACAAUAGCUUCACCUGGUUAUCACUCUCCUUUCUUUACACUAAGUCCGUGCUUGAUACCUUUCUACUGUUUGGGUGAGAGGAAUGCCUGCUCAACUCCAAUAAUACCAGAAGGUGUCGCCAAAGGAGUAGAGAUUCUGAGUGCGGAAGUAGCAUGUCAAUGUGAUGAACAAAAACAUAGAGAAAUUCGAGCCGUGCGCAUUAAUAACUCAUUCCCUAUUGAGAACAAAUCACCGUUUGUUUUUCCUAGUGAAAUGCAAUUAUGUGCAGCGAUGGAGGAAAUGCAACAACUCUAA